AGUGUACGAUGUUGGCACACCAGCAUUCUGCCGAGUGAAAGGAUAGCGGAAGUUUUAUUUCAUUUUUAAUUGAAUUCGAACCAGUUUUCGGGGUGCGUUCACCUGGUGACGCCGGUAAGACGAUCCAAUGGUAGUCAGGCUGUGUUCUCGCACGGUAGCAAGUUCAGCAUUUUCCAGCGUUCAACGAUCAACAACUGUUAGCAACGACGCCGAGCUGAUUUUCUACCCUCCACCGCGACCAUGCAGAAGCUUGCCCUUCGCCUAAUGUGGCGCUACAGAGUGUUUGUCCUUAUCGGGCUUCUCAUCGUGGCCGCGCAGCUAUUUCUUGCCUACAAACUGCUCCGCAUACCGCUGUCCGGUAACGAAACGACGGAGGAGCGUGAUCUCAGUCGGAAGUUGUACGAAAAGUAUGUGAAAAAACCGUCCACCGAUGGUGCAGCUGGGAUGAACCUUUCGGCGGCUAGCAACGAUGCGGCAAAAGGGAAACAAUCGGACACGGAUCGGAACCACCGGGAGGUUGCCGGGGGUAAGGAGAACGGCCCGGCACAAUCGAGCCUCAGGCUAGAAGAGCUCGAUUUUGUGCCACCGUGCGAACUAACUCGCAAGGAAACCGUGUCCGCCAUCCAUCGGGCCAAGAGUCAGAGCUGCAAGGCAAAGAUUGUCGAUGUGGCAUGCAAGAUCAAGGAAGGCACCUUCUAUCCCGACCAGUUGCCGAAUUCCUGCCCCCGAGGUACCCAUUUGCCGAACCGUGCGCUAGGGUGUUUCCGGGAUGAGAAAGAUUUCCGAUUACUCUCCGGAUAUUUUACCACCUUCAAGACAGCAAACUCACCGGAAAAGUGUAUCCGACUGUGCCUACAGUCCGGGUAUCCUUUUGCUGGGGUCCAGUAUGGUUACGAAUGUUUCUGCGGCGAUGAUGAACCGAAGGUAUCGGUAAAACUUCCCGAUUCCAGCUGCAACAUAAAGUGUCCCGGAGACCCAAAGGAAGCCUGCGGAGGGUUCUUUACCAUGAACGUGUACGAAACUGGCAUACGAAAGUUUGCGGCCAAAAUAACCGAAGCGGUACCAAACCCUGACGAAGAGUCGGUGCGAAUCGUCUUCCUGUUAACACUGAAUGGAAGAGCCGUACGGCAGGUGCACCGUUUGCUGAAGGCAUUAUAUAGUCCCCGACACUUUUACUACAUACAUAUCGAUGCGCGCCAGGAAUAUCUGUACCGCGAACUGCUCAAGCUUGAAUCGCGCUUUCCCAACAUCCGCCUAGCUCGCAAACGCUUCUCAUCAAUCUGGGGUGGUGCGUCACUGCUCCAAAUGUUGCUUGCCUCGAUGGAGCACCUUCUGCGCGAAUCCAGCUGGCAGUGGGACUUUGUACUGAACCUCAGCGAAAGCGACUUCCCGCUGAAAACGGUCGAUCAGCUGGCCACCUUUCUGACCGCCAAUCGGGAGCAAAACUUUGUGCGCAAUCAUGGCCGCGAGGUGCAGCGAUUCAUACAGAAGCAAGGCCUCGAUAUGACGUUCGUGGAGUGCGACAAUCGUAUGUGGCGCAUCGGAGAUCGUUCCCUGCCGGCCGGCAUCGUCAUCGACGGUGGAAGCGAUUGGGUGUGUUUGUCGCGGGAGUUCGCCAAGUACGUCACGGCCGGCGAUGGGGAGGAGGGUAGAGACGCGCUUAUCAAGGGACUGAUGCGAGUGUUUGAGUACACGAUCCUGCCGGCGGAAUCGUUCUUCCAUACGGCACUGCGAAACUCGCGCUUCUGUCAUACGUACACCAACAACAAUCUGCACAUGACGAACUGGAAGCGGCAGCUGGGUUGCAAGUGCCAGUACCGGCACAUUGUGGACUGGUGCGGGUGCAGCCCGAACAACUUCCGGGGGGAAGAUUGGGACCGGCUGCAGGGCAGUCAGCAGAAGAAACUUUUCUUCGCACGCAAGUUCGAAGCACUGGUCAAUCAGGCGAUCGUGCUGCAGCUCGAGGAGUGGAUCUUCGGCCCGUACCCGGCCGACUAUCCGAGUUUGCAUGCGUACUGGCAGAACGUGUAUCACCACGAGGACAGCUCCACCCCGGAUGGUGCACUGUUGAACGUGGUGGAUAGUUUGCUGCGGUUAAAUGUCCACUCGAAUGGGGUUCAGUUUUAUGAACCGUACCGCGUACGCCAGCUUACGCACUAUCUCGAACGAGACACCUACCGGGGACUGCUCGUGCGGCACGAGGCACUGCUCGUCGAUUCCGGGCUGCGGGUCGAGUUGGAAACCUGGGUAUCGCCUUCGACGACCGCAAAAGUUACCCACGGCGCGUAUCUCGCCCGCCGGCUGACGCACCUCGAGGUGAGCACGGAGUACGACGAAAAGGAACAGUUGUCGCGCAACUUUCCCCGCAUCGUAGGGACAAAUGCCGAACCGGCGCUAAUAUUUCGACUGGCGCCACCGACCGGCGAGUUGGAAAAACAUAAACGAAACGCCACCAACUACUCGCUCACGGUGGAAUGGAUCGACCCGCUGGGGGUGGUGGCCAGCAGCAAUCAUUUCACGGUGGAAGAUAAUCCCACCGGACCGGCGCAUAGCUUCAACCACUUCCAGAAGGGAAACAAGCUAAAAACGCCCCUACUGGCGGGGGUUUGGAGUGCACGGCUUCUGCACGAGAACGUCCUACUCGGUGUGACCCGGUUUCUGGUUGCCUCGUCGACCUACCGAGGGAUGACCCUACCGGAGCAGCACACCCAUCGGCAGAUGCUUCCACCUUCUGACCGCCGGAGGUCAACUAAUGUGGCCUCGACUAGUCGUAAAACACGCCAUGGAUCCUCGGUGGGCCACUCCGGUGAUCAUGGGCGCAACGAUCAUCAGGAUACCGAUGAUCCACUUCAAGAGCAGCUUGACAAACUCGUUCCGGAAUUUUUCAAACUUCGUGAAACCUGUUUGGUCAACGACGGGAUGCCGACUGGCAAGGACCAGGACGUUCGCUUCGUUGACUGUGCGUCCACCAGUUGGAGCAGUUUGUCGCCGGAUCCGAAAAGUGAUCUCGUGUCCGUGGUAGUGUCGGCCAAUUAAUGGAGAUAGGUCAAGAACGGAUUGACACAGUGCCAUUAGUUGUUUGUGAUGAUUGAUUGUUGUUAUAUUGGAUUGUUAUUUUCCCAUUCCUCUCAACUGUGUGCUGCUUAUUUGUAAAAGUCACGUGUGACGUGAACACUUUCUCUACCAGGCGUUGGUACAUAUCGAACAAAUUAUUCCUCUAUAACAUUGGCCUCCCGGUAGCCUGGCAUUGCACGCAUCUUCCGUGUUGAGCGCACCUUUAAUGCAUUUUAAUUACAAGUCAAUUGCUCAUAACGCACCCUUCCUUAUAUGUUCCUCCUCCCUAAGCCAUUUAAAGUCUAGCAGUCGGCGUUAAAUGAACAAGCACUGCCAAAAAAGAAAAAAAAACGGAAACCACAAGGAUGGUCAGAAUGUAACUCGUUAAAAAUGUUUGUGAACAUGAAAUCUCUAGGUAGUCCGUUAGUAUAAUCAAAGUUAGUCGUCUUAGUGAGGCAGCUGGCAAUUGUGAGACCGCGACAUAGGCACCUCAGUGUACAGCAAUAUGUACAGCAGCUAUACGAGAACGAAGAAUGCAAUAAUAAAAAAAGGAUGUGUCAAUUGCUCUAUUGAAAUAUUGCUGCGUAUAUUGAAUAUUCCUAUAUCAACA